CCUGCGGGCUUCCGUAGUGAGAUAGAGUGAUAGCUUUCUGCUGUAAACCACACUUCCUUCGCGAACAGGUGAAAGUGUUCUCUUAAACGUUUGUUGUAACGAGUAUCUAUUCAUCUCAAGCCACCGAGCGCAACAGAGACAAAAGCUCCACUUUAGCUGUUCUCGCUGUCAUGGCAUCGUCUGCAAUGAUCACCGUUCCCACCACUGCUUCCCGGUUUGCUCUGCUCCAGAUAGACUCUGAUUCGGACUCUGACACCUCAGAACCGGGGAAGUCCAAUGCCAAAGCUGUAAAAGAGUCCUCCGGUAAGGCCCGGCAGGGAAAAACAGGAGCAUCCGGGGGGAAACCUGCUCAGAGCAACGAGAAGAAAAAAGACAAGAAGAAGAAGAAGAAGGAGCAGCAGCAGACUGAGGCAAAUGAGUUGCGUAAUCUUGCCUUCAGGAAGAUUCCUCAGAAGUCCUGCGCCCCGCCACCGUCCAUGUCUCUGUCAGGAAUCGCCAGUGAACUGCUGAACCCGGCACCGGGGGACCACAGUGUACCGUCAGAGGGCUGGCAGCAGUGGAAACAACGAGAUGAACAGAUAACCACAGAACUAUAUGAGGCAGAUUUGGAAAAGGCUUUGAUUCUAAGUAAACUAGAGUAUGAACAACAGAAACAGAGCAACACCUCUUCACCAAAAUCACGAGGAGCAAAAGAAAGUGUUGGGAAGAAGGACAAGAAGAAACACCAACAGGCAAAGGACAAAAAGACGGUUUCUCUGCAGGAUUUUCAAGCUGAAAGCGGUUCUGAACAUUUCAGUAGAAAACAAGAAAAAGAGGACCCCGGAGUGGCAAACGUAGCUUUAGGAACAGGACAAGAGGAGCGUUUUUUUAACAAACUAGAAGAUGAUGUAAGUCGUAUCAUCCAAAGGGAGAAAAGACGUGAGCAGUAUGUCAACAGUCAGGGACAGGAAAUCAACACGUCCACAGAACAUGAACCGGAUCCCCGGGCGGAGCAGCUGAAGUACGAGCUGGAGAAGAAGGAUCAGGAGAUCCAUCAGCUGAAGAAGACCAUCUCACAGUGGGAGGUGAAAUACAAAGAGGUGAAAGCAAGAAACUCUCAGCUCCUUAAGAUGCUCCAACAAGGAGAGAUGAAAGACAAAGCAGAGAUUCUUCUACAGGUGGAGGAACUUCUGCACAUCAAAGAAGAAUUAUCAUCACAGGUGACAUUAUUACAUGCUGCUCUUGAACAAGAAAGGUCUAAAGUUAAAGGGCUGCAGUCCGACCAACCCAAACAUCAAGGAAACAAGAAAGGGAAGAAAAGCUCCGAGGUGGAUUUAUGAAGGUUCCAGCAGCUAACGGAUUUAAAAUAAUAAAAGAACGAAACCAACUAGAGAUCAAAAUCAGAGUUUUUCUUCUAGUGUUUUCUGUUUUUUUAAAUCAGCCUGCAUGUCACCCUAAACACACACAGACAUUACCUGCUGUGUCACAACUAAGCAAGACUUCCUGAAGUAUUUUGAAGUAAUUGAGGUUAAUGACAGUUUUGAAAUGCUUACUUGGUGCAGUGUGUGUGCUACGGCCUCUCCAGUACUGUCAAAGGCUCUGUGCCUGCUUCGUUUCAUGGGGUUUGAUGCCAAAACGACCGAUUCAAAUGUAUCCUUUUGAGGUUUUUUUUCUUGCUCACUGUUAAGAAAAUAAAACACGUUUUCAGUGAAAAUAA